GCAAAUUUGACAACUAGAUGUUCUGCAUGGCUCAGAGACAAAUGCCGGCGAUCAUUGCGCUCAGAACCAGCUGUGUUUGCGAGGCAGAUUUGGAUUUGUGUUAUGUUAUAUUUAAUAUUAUUGGAUGUUGUGCAUGUACAUUCAAGUAAAUUAAAAGUUCAAUAAUUAUAAUUUUUGCAUAAUGUACUUACUGAAAUCAAUAUUCUUCAAUAUUGCAUUCACUUUAAUGUUGUUAGAAGGAAUAAAUUGUGAAGUAGACCCCCAAAAAUGUGUUGUGUGGGGCCCUGGCCUUCAUCCUGAACGAAUUGUAUUACCUGCUCGAUAUUUUUUCAUUAGUACAGUGGAUUCUAAUGGUGUACCAUUUUCAAAAUCUCCCGGCAAUAUUUUUUCUGUACAUAUUACUGGUACAUCUAAACUUUCAAAUAAGUGUUCAACAUGGAUGAAUAUUCUAGACCGGAAAGAUGGUACUUUCAUUGUUCGAUAUAAAAUGUAUCAUGUCUGUGAAAAUCUCAAGAUACAAAUUAAAUAUAACAAAAUGGACGUUGCUGGUUCUCCUUAUGUUAUUCCUGGACCAGUCUAUCCUGAACAUUGUUAUUGUCCAGAAAAAAACUUUGAAAAUUGGCAGGAAUCAUAUGGAUGUAAAAGAAAAUAUAGACAAAUUGAAGAAGAUUUAAAGCAUUUUACUAGUGUUAAUUUUUCUUUUGUUCAAGAAAUGGUGCUUUCCAAAUUUAAUAAUCCUAGAAGUACCAGUAUUUGCCAUUAUAUCGUUAGAGAAAACAAGGUUUUUCGAAACUGUUAUGGUCAACAUGUAGGAUUUAAAAUGUUCAUGGAUGAAAUUUUGCUGUCUUUGUCUCGUAAAGUUGAGCUUCCUGAUGUUGAAAUGUUUGUCAAUUUAGGAGAUUGGCCAUUAAUUAAAAACAGUGAUGCUAACCCGUUACCUAUGUUUUCAUGGUGUGGCUCAGAUGAUACCCUAGAUAUUGUUAUGCCUACAUAUGAUAUAACAGAAUCAACAUUGGAAUGUAUGGGAAGAGUAACUCUUGACAUGCUUUCUGUGCAAGGAAACAUUGACAAGAGUUGGAAUGAAAAAUUGGAGAAAGCAUUUUGGAGAGGUCGAGAUUCUCGAAUAGAAAGACUAAAACUUAUUGAAAUUGCUCGGGAGCAUCCAGAAUUGUUUAAUGCAUCUAUGACAAACUUUUUUUUCUUCAGAGAAGAAAUGGAAAAGUAUGGUCCAAAGGAACAGCAUGUAUCAUUUUUCAAGUUUUUUGAUUACAAAUAUCAAGUGAAUAUUGAUGGAACAGUAGCGGCAUAUCGCUUUCCAUAUUUGUUGGCUGGAGAUUCCUUAGUUUUAAAACAGGAAUCAAAAUACUAUGAACAUUUCUAUAAAGAAUUAGAACCUUGGAAACAUUACAUCCCAUUCAAAAGAGAUUUGAGUGACUUGGUUGAACAGGUGUUGUGGGCCAAAGGAAAUGAUGAGAAGGCAAAGCAAAUAGCAGCUGCUGCCCAAACAUUUGCUCGAGAGAACUUGUUGCCUCAAGAUAUUAUAUGUUACCAUGCAUUGCUUUUUAAGGAAUGGAGUAAAAGACUGAGUGAACCUGUUAAAAUUCUUGACGGUAUGGAUCAUGUUCCACAGCCUAGCAAAGAUUCUCCGCACAAACAGUGCAGCUGUCAUAGACAAUUUCAAAAUAUAAAUUCUCACAAAGAAAAGGAUGAACUCUGAAGUGUGAAAGAAAACAUAGAUUGAAAACAGUUUUUUUAACAUCAAAAUUAGAAAAUAAAGAGAAACUCGCAUGUAACUUAUGUUUGUGUAACCCCCCUUAUCACCUGUGUUACUCUGUCAACAGAAGAUUCACUCUGCAAAGUAGUAAUUGAUAUCCAUUUUGUAGUGACAUUUCAUUUAAAGGGUAUUAGGCCCAAAAACCUGUUCAAAACAUUGUUCAUCUCAGUAAAUGGGGUAUAGAACAUGUGUUUAAUUUUCAGAGUAACUAUUGGUUUGAACAAUUUACUAAUAAAAAUACGAUUGUAAUGAAUA